AUGCUUACCGUGAGAAGUGCCUUCAAAUUAUUCGACGUUGUUAAUAAACAUUUUCAUAAUGAUAAUGAUUCCCGACUGUUUAUUGCUGAAAUCGAGGAAAUCAUGGAUAACAAAGUUGAUCUGAAAAUGAAUGAUUUUGCCACAAGAAAAGAUCUCGCUGAACAUCGUGCCGCCACGAAACAGGAUUAUACUGAAUUAAAAUCAGAACUAAAGCAGGAUAUUA